CCUACAUUCCCAUCUCUCUGCCAAAAAUGAUGGAGUUUAUUUCUAUCACCUCCUUGACUUGACGUGGUCCUUUAAGAAAAGAAGGAAAGGCAAAGAAGAGAAGAGCCAUUUCUGGCUGCCUGCAUUAUUUACCCUCCCCCCCUCACCCAAUUCCCUUCUGCUCGGAAUUGGGUGAGGGGGGAGAGAGAGAGACCACCGACCAAACAAGAAGAUCACACGCACACGCUCGUGUACACACACACACACACACACACACUCGCGCGCGCACACAAAUUGGAUACACUUUGAAUAAGCUUUUGGUUCCUUAUCCGGGGACUAGCGCGGCUGGCGUGAUUGGCGCAACGAGUCACAUGGUGAAAGUAACUUUACGGGGUCGCCAGCUAGUAGGAGGGUUUUAUGGAGCAGAAAAACGACAAAGCGAGAAAAAUUAUUUUCCACUCCAGAAAUUAAUGAUCAUGAGCUCGUAUUUGAUGGACUCUAACUACAUCGAUCCGAAAUUUCCUCCAUGCGAAGAAUAUUCGCAAAAUAAUUACAUCCCAGACCACAGUCCGGAAUAUUACAGUCGGACUAGGGAGUCCAGUUUCCAGCAUCAUCACCAGGAAUUGUACCCUCCACCUCCACCGCCACCACCUCCUCCUCCUCCUCCUCCACAGCGACCCAGCUACCCCGAGCGCCAGUACAGCUGUGCCAGCCUCCAAGGUCCCGGCAACCCCUCCGCGCAUCCACGGGGCCAUGGACAGACGCCCGGAGGCCACCAUCUCCCCGAGAAAGCGCAGCAGCUCUGUGACCAAACGGCUCUCUCCAGCGCGGCUACCUCUCCUUCCCCAGCCCCUCCAGCUUGCAACCAGCAAAACCCCGAGCAUCCCAGCAGCACGGCCUCUAAACAACCCAUAGUCUACCCAUGGAUGAAAAAAAUCCACGUCAGUACUGUGAACCCUAAUUACAAUGGAGGCGAGCCUAAGCGGUCCCGGACUGCCUACACCCGUCAGCAGGUCUUGGAAUUAGAAAAAGAGUUCCACUAUAACAGAUACCUGACGAGGCGGAGGCGCAUCGAGAUCGCCCAUUCCUUAUGUCUCUCGGAGAGACAGAUCAAGAUCUGGUUUCAGAACCGGCGGAUGAAAUGGAAAAAAGACCACCGACUGCCCAAUACCAAAGUGAGAUCCACGGCUCCGGCCAAUUCCUCAGCCGGCUCCCUGCCCGCUUCUUCUUCCAACGCGGUUGCUGGCGAAGAUCAUUCGCAGAGCUCAGCUCAGGAGCCACGAGCAGAGGAUAUUACAAGGUUAUAAACAAACCGACCAACAACAACAACAACAACAAAAAACGCCCCAUGCAAAUUGACUCUGAUUAUUUAUAGAAUCUAAUAUAUAUCUAUAUAUUUUGGGGUUUUUUUUUCCUCGUAGUUUUCCCGUGCGUGUAUAUAUAUUUAGGAGAGAGAGAGAGAGAGAGAGAGAGAGAGAGAGAGAAAACACACAUACAUACACAUACACAAAAGAAUGAGGUCUAUUGGAGAUCUCAAGCUUUAGGUGCAUGUAUUAUUAGCAUGAGAGGCUAGGUGGCAUACCUGUUGGGGGGGGUUUUUUAAUCACCAUUUUCAGGGUUUUAUUUAUUUUUUAAAAAAGGAAAGAGAAUGGAAGGAUGGGCUGUGUAUGCGGAUGUGUCUGCAUGGGGAUGUAUGUAUGUAUGUAUAUAAGUGUGCGUGUUGGGUUGGGGAACUAAAUGUUCUGUUUUAGAUGAAAAAUCGGGGCAUAUGCUAAUAAUUAUACAGGCAAGGAAAGAAUGUAAUUAUUUUGCUCUCUGAGUUUACACAUGGAGAACAAAAAAAAAAAGGACCAUUGAAGGCUUCCCUCCCCCUCCUCCUUUUCUUUCUUCUUGUAUAAAUGUGGAGAAAGAUUUUUUUUUUUUUUUUACGAAAAGGGGGGAUGGCACACAAGAGCUAGUAGAAACUAAUAAACGUCUGGUUAGUUCAAUGUGAGCAGCAAGAGAUAAGGAGAGCAAGCUAGACAGCGAAUUGAAGGGGGGGAAAUCAGUGGGUAGAUUUUUUUUUAUUAUUUUUAUUUUUGGCUUUUCGUCGUGGUUCUUGUGUUUUUGGAUUAAUUUUACAUGAUCAUUGUAAACCUGCAAUAAAUGAGUUUUAAGUGUAUAUGUGAAAGUCCCCUUGUUCAAUAAAACAAAACAAAACAAAACAAGUGAGUGUGACACAGACUGACUCUGGAAUGUUUGGUGAGUUAUUUUGCUUUUUUGCCUGCUACUAAAAAUAAAAUGCUGGGAGAAUAGGCAUGGGCAGAAUUACCUGAGUAAAAAUACCCUUUCUCAGCUAAGUUUGAAGAACUUUCCGUAGUUAGGUGUGGGGUGGUGUUGUUUUUUUUAAGUCGUCUAGUGCCAUGGAAGCUAAAUUGUCAAUCUGCCAUUGAUUUUAGGAAUUGUGACUUGCACCCCUUCUACUUUGUGACAUCACAAGAUGGGCAAUGUCUUUGAACUCACACUUUUACCAGGCAAUCUUUGCCCUGGAGGUAUACACGUGUGUUUGAUUAGAAAUAGAUUCAGCUGAUUCUGGAUGUGUUUGUGCAUUACUUUUUUUAAAACAUGUUUUUAAAAUUUUAUAGGUACAUGAGCCUCUUUCCCUUGGUUUAAUCAUGUUAUCGAGUUAAUUGCUUUCCUUUGCUGUCUGUAAACAACUUUAGCUCAAAUUUACCCCUUGUUAUUGUACUUUAACUAAGUUUCUAGCAUAUAUUGGAGAUAGUAGAGAGAAAGAGUAGUGCUGUAGAGAAUCUGGAGAUGUUUACUUUCUGAGGGGAAGCAGAAAGGGUGACUGGGAAAAAAUGUAGCACAGAUGUGUUUGCACAAGGAAUAGUUCUACUGUGAUUGUAGAUAGAUAAGAUAGAUACUUUAGCAAGUGCCUUUUUAAGUGCACUGAUUAUCCUAUUGAUCAGCAGGCUCUGAAAAUGGAAAAUAAGUAGGCGAUCAAAUUAUGCUUUUCAACUCUUCUUUUAGAUGGUAGUAGCAGGAUAUUUACUUGCAUUGGGUAAAUCUUUUAAUAACCUGAAAGCAGAAAUUAGUUAGGUUGCAAGAGCAGAAGAAUCAAUUUAUUUGCAUAUAUUGUUAUCUUUAAAUUAUGUGCAAAAUUUGUGGGCUACCUAUAGCAUUGAUAGUGAAUCAGACAACAAUAUAUAUAUUACAUUUCAGCUGACAUAGGAGUUUGAAAGAUUAGGGGAAAUGAUUUUUGAAGGGCAUGUUACUAUAGCCUUCUGAUGAUGAUAAAGAAAAUCAGUUUCACAUCCAAGGCCUAUGGAACACCCAGGAAAUGACUGACAGACAUAUUCAAAUUAUUCAGCCAUUCCAUUCAGGUUAAUGUAGAAUUUUUGUGGUUUUUAAAUGGGGCAUAAUUAAACCUAAUAGUAAUCAUCCAAAUUCGUUUACAAACCACUUCACAAAGAAACUUGAGGUCCAGCUGAAGAGGAUGACAGUUCAAGCCUGUUACUUGUUCAAUCCAUCUGAUGUAUGUUGAAGAGAUGAUUGACAGAGCAGCCAGGUGAAAACCUAUGGCAUCAUUUUUACUAUUCCCAGUAAAGAAUACAGACUUAUGUGUUAAGUGUAUGGGAAUUAUAAAUUAAAGUGUUUCCUUAUCACAC